AUGCCUGAUCCCGACGGCCUGAUACCGCGGCCCCGCGGCAGGCCUAGCUCGCUCUUCGUCGGAGACGAUUGUCUCCAGAGACAAAUGCGCACGAGUUCCAAGGGGCUCGCCCGCUUCCGGGACCUAAUGCAUCGCUCCAUCGCUCGGCACCUCGACCUCAGAGUGACGCGAAUGUGGAAGGACGCCCACAAGCGCACGCGGAGACCCGAAGUCAUGUAUGAACAAGCUGGCGACGGAGGUGGUUCGGAGGCGGACACGGGCUCAGAUCCGACUCCGAACUCAGACGAUGACAAUCAGGGCAACUCUGCGCGGAGGAGCAAGAAGCGCGUCGAUAAGCCUCCUUCGAAAGACUCGCGGCCCGCACCGGCACAGGACUCCGGUAGGGGUCAGGCCGGGCCUCGUCCCGGGCCCAGUCAAUCCUCGCAAAGCAACACCCAAGCAUCAAACGCUGCUGCCUCCCACCCAUCGGACCGCCGGGGUCCCGAAGCUCCAGACAAGCCCAACGACGGGUUCGCUGCCGUCACUCGCUUCCUCCGCUCACUGACGCCGUCCCUCGAGCAUGUCGCCGUGCAGUUCAGCGCGGCGGGUGUCAAGGACGCGCAGCGGCUGCGCGUGGUCGCGGGGUGGGAGACUCGGAAGCAGCGCAAGUGGCUGGUUCGGGGGCUGAGGGUGAAUGCGUUUGAGGAGGAGGUGCUGCAGGAGGCGUUGGACGAGAUUAGGCGGGGCGUGAGGAAUGUGUGA